CUGGCUAUUCCAUCCCUAGCAGAACAGCACUCACCUCCUCUCCACUCUCGACGUUUCACACCGAGCCUCCACACCAUGAGCAUCCGUUCAAGUAGGACCGCCUCCUCCAUGUCCCUCUCCGGGGGAUACCCAAGGCGCAUCUCCGCCGGCCGCGCACCGAGCGUUUACGGCGGCGCAGGUGGCAGCAAUGUCCGCGUCUCUUACGCCGUCGGCACCCGGAGUGGCUUUGACCUCUCCCAGGCUCUCGGUGGCGGCGGCGGAGGUUCGGACUUCGGCGUCAAUGUCAACGAGAAGGCCACCAUGCAGAACCUGAACGACCGCCUGGCCAACUACCUGGCGAAGGUGAGGUCGUUGGAGACCAGCAAUGCCCAGCUGGAGCGGCAGAUUCGGGAAUGGUACGAGAAGAGGACCCCCGUGACAUCAGACUUCAGCAAAUACGAGGCAGUCAUUGAGGACCUGCGCAAAAAGAUCAGCAUCGCCAGCCAAGAUAACGCCAGGAUAGUCCUUCAGAUCGACAACGCCAAACUUGCCGCGGAGGACUUCAAACUCAAGUAUGAGAACGAGCUCGCCAUGCGCCAGUCAGUCGAGUCGGACAUCGCCAACCUCCGUAAGAUCCUGGACGAGCUGACCAUGACCAGAUCUGAUCUGGAGAUGCAGAUCGAGGGCCUGAGGGAAGAGCUGGUCUACCUCAAGAAGAACCACCUGGAGGAAAUGGGUGCCAUGCGUGCUCAGGUGACCAGCGGCUCUGUGAACGUGGAGGUGGACGCCGCUCCCCAGGAGGACAUGGCCCGCGUGCUGGAGGAGAUGCGCAGCCAGUACGAGACGAUUACAGAGAAGAACCGUCGCGAUAUGGAGACCUGGUACAAGGGCAAGUUUGACGACCUCAACAAGCAGGUCAGCAGCAGCGCCGAGACCCUGACGACGUCCCGCUCGGAGGUCAGCGAGCUGAAGAGAACCCUGCAGUCCCUGGAGAUCGAACUGCAGUCUCAGCUCAGUCUGAAAGCAGCGCUGGAAGGCACGCUCCAUGACACAGAGUCCCGCUACAGCCUCCAGCUGAACCAGCUGCAGAAUAUCAUCAACUCUCUUGAGGCCGAGCUGAACACGAUGCGCAUCGACAUCGAGAGGCAGGGCAGCGAGUACAAGAUGCUGCUGGACAUCAAGACACGCCUGGAGAUGGAGAUCGCAGAGUACAGGAGGCUGCUGGACGGAGAGGAGAUCCAGAAAACAAUCGUCACAAAGAUUGAAACCAAACCCGACCCAACCAAGACCAAGAGGGUGAGGACAAUUGUGGAGGAAAUUGUCGAUGGAAAGGUGGUGUCUCGCGAGGAGGAUGUGGAUGUUGAGGUCAUGAAGGCAUGAGGUGUCCUGCCACCCAGAUACCCUUCCCCACCCUAACUUCACAACCCCUCCACCACCCCACCCAUUCAACAAACCCACCACCUUAACUUAACUUAACUUCAAAACACAACUUCAAAGUCUCAAGGCGCACCACAGAAAUGGAACAACUACAAAAGUCUCCAAAGUGCUCCAAGCAUCACAGCCAAAGCAAGAGGACUGAGAGCAAGAGAACCACCAUCUUUUGUACAAUCUUUUGUAACAGCAAUAAAAGCUACCAAGUCAA